UAAAUUCCGAGUAUCUAACUAUUUUCCGAUAUUCAUCAAACAGCCCCGUAAAUUGAAAUAAAUAUCUACAUUGCCCCCAAGUUUUAGAUAUUUAUAAAAUGAUCCCAAUAAUUAUGGAUUUUACUCGAUUCGGUUCCUUUCUUCCAUAAGCAGCCACUUUAGAUAAAAUUGGUGGGAACUGGAUAAUACAGCACCGGUCAGAAACCAAACGCCGUAGCCACAUGCGAUUUAUCUAAAGCUUCAUCGCACCGGCAAAGCAAAUCACCCGCUUCGUUCGUCCAUUUCUUUUUCUGUUUCCAUUUGCCAAAUUAUUAAUGUUCUUUCUCUUGGGCAAUUUCACAAACACCAACCAGGCAAACCAACAGAGUCCACAUUCGUUGACUGCCGUUGAAUUCCUUGCGUAGUGUACAUUCCCCAUACUUCAUUCUGUCUAGCGAUUCAUGUAUGGCAGUAAUUACAUUAAAUUCUUCGAGUUUACACCGCUGUAAUUAUGCUCAAAUUUCAUGUAUGUCGAGUUACGGCAAUGGCACGGGGAAAAGGAGAAAGAUUGAUUCUUUGGAGAUUCUGCGGCAUGGGUUAGUGAUGAACUGGAAGAAGACGAAGAAAAAGCACGUUCGGUUUUGUGGGUUUGUCAUGAAGAGUAGCAGCUCGGAUGAAUUCGUCUUGAUGCAGAGCGAAAUCAAGAAAGGCAUGUCGUCCGAUGAAAUAAUCGCUCGUCUGAAGUCAAUUCAUGAUUCCGAUCGGGCUUUCUCUUUCUUUAAAUCCGUUGCAAGUAUGCCACGUGUUAUGCACACCACAGAAACAUGUAACUACAUGCUUGAGCUUUUGAGGGUGCAUGGUAGAAUUGAGGAUAUGGUUGUGGUGUUUGAUAUGAUGCAGAAACAAAUUAUUUACAGGAGUUUAGAUACUUACUUCAUUAUAUUUAAGAGUCUAAGUGUAAGGGGAGGGAUUCGACAGGCGCCUUUCGCACUCGAAAGGAUGAGAAAAUCCGGGUUUAUUUUGAACGCAUAUUCGUACAACGGAUUGAUACAUUUGAUUCUUCAAGCGGGGUUUUGUACGGAGGCUUUAGUAGUCUACAGAAGAAUGGUCUCGGAACAGUUGAAACCUAGUCUUAAGACAUACUCUGCACUUAUGGUAGCUAGUGGUAAGAGACGAGACACCGACACUGUCAUGAGUUUGCUCGAAGAGAUGGAGAAUUUGGGACUGAGGCCAAAUGUAUACACCUUUACUAUUUGUAUCAGAGUGCUCGGUCGAGCAGGAAAGAUAAACGAGGCUUACAGUAUAUUAAAGAGGAUGGAUGAAGAUGGAUGUGCACCUGAUGUAGUUACUUACACUGUACUCAUUGAUGCUCUUUGUAAUGCAGGGAAACUCGAAGUCGCGAAAGAAGUGUUCGAGAAAAUGAAAAACGGCAGUCAUAAACCUGAUCGUGUGACUUAUAUAACUAUGUUGGAUAAGUUCAGCGAUUAUGGAGACUUGGAUUCGGUUAGAGAGUAUUGGAGCUUAAUGGAAGCUGAUGGUCAUAAAGCAGAUGUUGUUACUUUCACCAUACUCGUCGAUGCUUUAUGCAAAGUGGGGAAAGUUGGAGAAGCAUUUGAUGUGCUGGACGAAAUGAAGAAAAACGAGAUCUUGCCGAAUCUUCAGACUUACAAUACUUUGAUUUGUGGGCUUUUGAGGCAACGGAAAUUGGGUGAAGCGUUAGAGCUAUGCGACAGCAUGGAAUCGUGCGGCAUUCAGCCUAAUGCGUAUACGUACAUCUUGUUCAUUGACUGCUAUGGGAAAUUAGGCGAAGCCGACAAAGCUAUGGAAACCUUCGAGAAGAUGAAAGCUCGUGGCAUUGUCCCGACUGUUGUUGCGUGCAAUGCGUCGCUUUACAGCCUGGCUGAAGUUGGUCGGCUACGAGAGGCGAAACAGCUCUUUGACGGAAUAAAGCAGAGCGGACUUGUGCCUGAUUCUAUCACCUAUAAUAUGAUGAUGAAGUGCUAUAGCGGUGCAGGGAAAAUCGACGAAGCCGUUCAGUUACUUCAAGAAAUGAUGGAUAACAGCUGUCACCCUGACAUCAUUGUUAUCAACUCCUUGAUCGACACGCUUUACAAGGCUGACCGGUCGAAAGAGGCGUGGGAAAUGUUCUGCAAGAUAAAGGAGUUAAAAGUUGUACCUACGGUCGUGACGUACAACACGUUAUUGUCUGGGCUGGGAAAACAGGGCAAGGUACAAGAGGGCUGCAAAUUAUUCGAGAGCAUGGCUGCUUACGGCUGUCCGCCGAAUACAAUUACUUUCAACACGCUCAUGGAUUGCCUCUGUAAGAACGAUGAGGUGGAUUUGGCGUUGAAGAUGCUUUACGAAAUGACGGAAAAAGAUUGCCGCCCUGAUGUUUUUACGUACAACACUGUAAUCUAUGGAUUGGUAAAGGAGAACAGGAUUAACGAAGCUUUUUGGCUUUUCCAUCAGAUGAAAAAAAGGAUAUUUCCCGACUGGGUUACUCUUUUUACACUCCUCCCAGGUGUUGUGAAAGCUGGUUCGAUCGAGAACGCUUUUAAAGUGGUUAGGAUUUUUUCCCAUCAGGAUAGAAUUUCGGCUAAUCGAUCUUUUUGGGGAGAUUUGAUGUCUGGGAUUUUGAAAGAAGCAGAGUUAAACCAUGCUGUUUCUUUUGCGGAAAAAGUAGUGUCGACCCGUCUUUGCAAAAGUGGUUCGAUAAUGGAGCCGAUUAUUAAGGUACUGUCCAAGCAAAAGAAAGCCCUUGAAGCCCACAACUUAUUCGAGAAGUUCACUAAAUCUUUCGGUAUUCGUCCGACUGUGCAAGCGUAUUAUCUUUUAAUCGAGGGUCUUCUUAAUAUUCAUAAGAAGGAACUUGCAUGGGAAAUUUAUGAGGAGAUGAAAAACGCUGGCUGUGCUGCAGAUGUACCCACCUACAAUUUACUGCUCGAUGAUCUUGGCAAAUCGGGAAAAAUAAACGAGCUUUUCGAGCUGUACAACGAGAUGCUCCACAGAGGAUUAAAACCCGAUACGAUAACGCAAAACAUACUCAUUUCUGGUCUGGUGAAAUCCAACAGAUUAGAGAAAGCCAUCGAUUUGUAUUAUGAUCUUAUAAGUGGAGGCUUUGCUCCUACACCAUGCACAUACGGUCCUCUAAUAGACGGUCUUUUGAAGGUCAAGAAACUAGACGAGGCAAAGAGUUUGUUCGAGGAAAUGAUAGAGUAUGGAUGCAGACCUAACUGCGCUAUCUACAACAUUCUAAUAAACGGGUUCGGAAAAUCGGGUGACGUCGAAACUGCUCGAGAGUUCUUUGAAAGAAUGGUCGAUGAAGGGAUUAGACCGGAUUUGAAAUCGUACAGCAUUCUAGUCGAUUGUCUUUGCUUGUUGGGAAGAGUGGACGAUGCGUUGUACUAUUUUGAGGAAAUUAAGAAUGCGGGGCUCGAUCCAGAUUUGAUUUGUUAUAAUAUUAUAAUUAACGGCCUUAGCAAAUCAAGAAAAGUCAAGAAAGCGCUUGCUCUUUUCGACGAGAUGAGAAGCAGAGGAAUGGCACCGAAUCUUUAUACUUUUAAUGUCUUGAUAUCGAAUCUUGGGCUUGUUGGUAUGAUUGAAGAGGCGAGAAAUAUGUUUGAAGAAUUACAGAUUGUCGGUCUUAAACCGGAUGUUUUUACGUACAAUGCUCUAAUUAGGGCGCAUAGUAUGGCUGGGAAUCCGGAUCAUGCGUACGAUGUGUACGAGGAGAUGGUGGUUGGAGGGUGUAGCCCUAAUAACGGGACCUUUGCUCAGCUUCCGAAUUAGCAAUUUUUUUUUUCUUACAAACUGUUUUUCGUUCGAUACGAGAGAUAUAUAUAUACAGGGAGGAUUUGCUGCCCUUGUUCGGUUUCUUGGAAUGGUUUGAUACGAUACAUUUUACGCUGUUUCGAGAUUUCGUCGUAAAUAUAUAAUGAGGUAAAUUUAAUUAGUGUUACCUAGUUUUGAGGUGUUGUGGCAAUGCUGCAGAAUGUAGAGAUGUGCUGUGUAUAUAUACUUACUGUAAGGUAAUAUGUUUUAGGUUACAUAUUUUCUCUGCAGAAGCUGUGUAUUACUUUACUUUGCAAACAUUGGAGAGGUUUUUGGCUCAAUUUCAAGUGUAUUAUAAAUUUGAAAGAUAUGUUAGUAUCAUAUAAUAUUGAAAUUAUCUUUGUAUAGAGAAUAAACUUUAAUCU